CACUGAGUCAGGAGGGGAGACCAGUGGGCAGGCGCCAGCAGAGGAGACCGCUGUACCGGCGUCAGGCGGGGAGGCCACUGUGCAGGCGCCAGCAGACGAGACCACUGUGCAGAUGUCAGGAGGGGAGGCCACUGUGCAGGUGCCAGCAGAAGAGACCACUGUGCAGGUGUCAGGAGGGGAGACUACUGCGCAGGUGUCAGCAGAAGAGGCCACUAGGCAAGUGUCAGAAGGGGAGACCACUGCGCAGGUUUCAGCAGAAGAGACCACUACGCAGGUGUCAGAAGGGGAGGCCACAAUGCAGGUGCCAGCAGAAGAGACCACUGUGCAGGUGUCAGAAGGGGAGGCCACUCUGCAGGUGCCAGCAGAAGAGACCACUGCGCAGGUGACAGAAGGGGAACUUGCUGUGCCUCCAAUGGUGGAAGGCACUGUGCAGGUACCUUCAGUUGAGAUCACUGUGCAUGUAUCAGCAGAGGAGGCCCCUGUCAUAGAGGCAGAACGGGGGGACACUGAGACAGAAGGGGCAUCUACUGUGCAGGUAUCAGAAGAAACAAGCCAGGAGGCCAGCCUGCUAGGGACAACAGAAGAGGAUGUUAGCCCCCAGCUAGUAGAGGGGACAGGUACAGGCACGCAUGGGACUGCAACCACACAGGUGACUAAAGCGGGCGAGGCGUGGAUAGACACCCUGGUAAGAAACAUAGUGACAGAGGUGACAGCAGAAGGCAGUGGGGAAUGUCAGGUACAUGUGUCAGCAGCUUCCAGCAUUGAGCAAACGGAGGAGGAGGGGGGACAUUCCUGUGCCGGCACCGCAACAAUCCCGGACCAUGAACAGGUGACAUUAGAGGAGACAGGUGCAGCUGUGCCGGUGACACACGUACAGGAUCAGGUGUCCUAUGACAUAACUGUACAGGAGGACGGGGAGGUGACAGGUUCUCUUGGACAGCCGGGGGAGACAGGUAACCCAGAUCAGGUGGGACUCUCUGGUACUGAAGGGGUAGCGGAGAGUCUCCUGGAGCAGGAAGCAGCUGCUGAAGUGGAAGCCGGUAGACCGGUAAAGCCCCCAGGCGAGGAAGCACAAGGAUCAGUGACACCUAAUCUGAUGACUGUCCCCGGCAGGGAGGGGACACCAGAUCCAGGACAGCCAGCAGCAUGCUGGGAGAAGGAGUGGCCGCCUCUUAUUUGCACUGGCAGCGAGGUGAGGGCAGACACAGCUGAGCAGAGAAGCACAGACCAAGGGACAGUCCCCGAGCAGGAACCGUGUCCAGGAGCCCCAGACAUGAAGGACAGGGAGAUGAUAGAGAAUGGGGUCAUCCUUUCCCCCGAGACCCCCAUAGAGAGAGAGAUCCGCCUGACCAUGGAAAGAGAGAAGACGCUGCGCCAGGAGAGGGGCAUCAGGGUAACCCUUGGAGAGUCCGAGUUGGUGGAGGUGCGCAGGAAGACGGUGACGACGGAGCCGGCUGGGCUGCCGGGCAAAGAGCGCCAGUUGGCCGGGGCGCAGAUGCAAAGGGAGAUCCAGCUGGAGACCCAAAGGGAGACAGACCUGGUGCAGCAGGGCAAAGUGAUGGGCACGUACGACCGCGGAGCCCAACAGGAGCUGCAGGAGAGGAAAAUGAUGUUUGAAAGCAUGAACACAGAGUCUUCCGAUCCUCCUUUCAAAAGAAGGCAAAGUGAAAUGAGAAAAUCUGCGUCCAUUGAAGCUCUAGUGGAAGUCCCUGUACCAUCCAAUCACGUGGCUCCAGUUGCUCCUGCUUCAGAGUUUAAGAAAGGCCCAUCAUAUGCUGAGGCUAACGGAAGCAACAUCAUAAUCAUAGAGCAUGCCUCUAUCCUCCGGAAGUCUGCUCCAAGUAACUCCUUUAGUGCCGCCCCUGCAGAUCUGAGAAAAACCUCCCCCGCUGAGUCUCGACGCUCCACCCCCGCAGAUCUUCGCUUUACUCGCCCGAGCUCAGGGAACGCUCCUCUCCCUAACUCUGAGACCCCCGUUGCUGCUCCCGGAAGCCCCUUCCAGCUGCACCGUUCGCCCAGCCCACGAUCACUACUGGAUAGAGAGAUAGAGGAGGUGCAGCAGAGAGAAAAGGAAUUGCGGAAACAGAGAACAAGUGUCUAUGGCAGGGAUAACGGCACAGCGGAGAACUCCCAGAUAACACCUAAUAACCAACGUGACAUCCAAAGUGGAGUGUACCAGCCAGAGCGUCCGAAUUGGGGAAAAUUGGAGGUGAACUGGCCCCCCAACAAAAGCAUGACCGUCAACGGCCAGCAAGACCAGGCUUUGGGCAGUCCACGCACGAGGAGGCAGCGCAACACUCUUAUUAAGAGCUGGGAGUCUGGGAGCCCCAAUCCUGCAGAUGACAACAACUAAGGGAGAGGUCCAGAUGAGGACUGCUGGUACAGAACUUAUGAUAGUUGGACCUUCCCCCUUCCUCUUCCCCCCCCUCACACUCACCACAAGAACUGCCAUCCCGCUAUAUCUUCCACCACGAUAAUGCUUCGAAUGACUCGGACCUGAAACAUCGCUCGGACGCCGGCCCUGAACGUGUCACAUGAUCAGUAUCUAAUCUGCCAAUCAAGCUUUUGUAACCAAUAACAAUCUUAUUUGUAAUAAAUUAU